AGGGAGAGCGGACAGAAGAGAGUUGAAAUGCUACCAGCGAAGCCAAACUCCCCUCUUCCUUCCCUACUUUUCCCCAAGCUGGCCGAAUGUUUAGAGAGGGCGCUCAUCACGCAGUUCUAAGCAGCAGGGUCUGGCAGAACUCUCAGGUAACGAGUAAGAGUAGCGAAGGAAAGGUGCUGCGUGAAUAACCCACUUCGAAACCCCAGGCAAGGCUGGAUCGGGAUUCCAGGCGCCCCAGCCCUCGUUUGUCUCUUCCCACCCCAUCCACCCGCUGACAUCAGAAGCGGAUCGUGCCCCCUCCAGCCUUGCCAAGAGAAUGCUGGCAGUGGUGCAACUGGGGCUCCAGCGCCCAAUCGCCUUGUAAAAUUCCUUUGCCCUUCCUUUCCUUGCGGGAACGUGUGUCGUCUUGGCAUGAGCCUGAUGUGACUUUCCCACCCCCCUCUCGCGCUGGAAUGAUGGGGAUCUUUUGGGCUUAUGUUGGAUUCUUUUCCUUAUCAGUCUUAUACAUCCAGCAAGGACUUUCUUCUCAAGCCAAAUUUACUGAAUUUCCUCGAAAUGUCACAGCUACUGAGGGACAGAAUGUGGAGAUGUCUUGUGCAUUCCAGAGUGGCUCUGCCUCUGUUUACCUGGAAAUUCAGUGGUGGUUUCUGCGGGCAGCCGAGGACCAAGAACCUGGAGCUGAGGUGACAGGCACUCAGGUGGAGUUAUUACCAGAGAGAGAUUUGGACAACGAUGGAACAAAGAUAAGCACAGUAAAAGUACAAGGGAAUGACAUCUCUCACAAGCUGCAGAUCUCCAAAGUCAGGAAAAAGGAUGAAGGGUUGUACGAGUGCAGGGUGACCGACGCCAAUUAUGGAGACCUUCAGGAAUACAAAGCCCAGGCCUAUCUCAAAGUCAAUGCAAACAGCCACUCCCGACGAAUGCAGGCCUUUGAAGCUUCUCCCAUGUGGCUACAGGACAAACCUCGGAAGAACAUCUCAGCAGCCAUCCCCAGUAGCAUCCAUAACUCUGCCAGUCAGCGUAUACGCCCCACCUCCAGCCCUCCAGCAGAUGCCAAAAUCCCCAAACAAAGCCCACAAUCAGCAAAGAGCAAAUCGCCUGUAAAACCUACGGAGCGGACAGCAAAGUUGACCCUAACUUCCAACCAUCACCCUGCACCCAAUGUACUCUAACUCUCUACACAAAGGAGCACCUUCUUCAGGACAUAACACACACCAAAAAACAAAACAAAAAAAUUAAACAAAUUCUUAAACAAAAUCUCAAAAAGGAGAGAAGAAGCUAGCACACAGUUUCUUUAUUUCUUACUUUCUUGGAAUGUAUUGCUACUCUUCUCUUCGAAGAGACCGGGAAUGGUGUAACAGAACAUUCUUCAGCGUGUCAACAACAUUUUCUUUUCUUUUUUCUUUUUUGAUUCAAUGAAGGGACAUGUUGAAUUCCCUUGACAAUUCAGAGGUUGGCUGUACAUUUUUAAUACUACUAGACUGGACAUCAGUUCUCCUUAUACACAGAAAAAGCACUGCUUUAAGCAGAUGUGAAGAAACAAUCUCAAACAUCUCCCUUUCCUAAUCCCAACUCAAAACUUGCUCAACAUACAGGAUGUACACAACAGCAUCACUGCAAGAAUGGAUGGAAAUGGAGUUAUGUUUAGAAAGUGUUUCAUUUCUAGGUGGAACAUCUCACAGAACUUCAAAGCCGCUCAUUGUACAAGAAGACAACACUUCCGGAAGAUGUGCAAGAAAGGAUCGAAGCCUCUCAUG